AUGUAUAUCAAAUUGGAAGUCAUGCAGAGUGACCGUCGUCUACGCAAGCACACCGAAGACAUAAUUAUAAACCAAGCUAGGAAACGCCAUCUAUUGGAUCUUGCAUCGGGGUCUCAAACUGAAUCAGAAAUUGAGGCUGUAAAGAACAAGCUGACCGCAGCUUCUUCCAAACGCCAACGGUUCGAAAAUGAUCUUUUCGACAUUCUGCCUUCCAGCUCUGCAGAAGUCGUGGAUCUGAGUUCUGAUGACGAAGAUGUAGUUGUAAUCGGAGAGAAAAGGGCUGCAACAGAAUCGCCACCUGCACGGGCUAUAGAUUUUUUGAUGGAGGAGCGGGAGAGGAUUCGAGCUUCUCGUCUCAAACCAUCACAGAUUCCCUCAGACUCAAGAACCUUCAGCGAUUUCCAGUUACAGCGGCUUCUUGCACGCAGUCAACUAAAUAGUCAGAUUCAGCAACUCUGCGAAAACCGUGAUUAUGAAUUACCAAAAGAGUACCUGCCUGACUCCUAUUCGCAGCAUCCGUUGUUUGCCUUGGCAGAUAACGAAGAAGAGGGUUCGUCAAGUGAAGAGUCAGAUGAAGAAGAAUUCUACAGUAAAACAGCUAUGAUAGAAGAUCUUGCAAAACGUAAUGCU